AUGGAGGAGAACGCCGCGCAUCGUUCGUACGGCGAGGCGCUGCUCAACUUCUUCCGCGGCGGUGAGUUUUCCGCCGUCGUCGACAUCACGUUGUUCGUGGCGGGCGUGAGCAUUCAACACGUGCUGCUGAAUGCCUCGUUCACGCCCGUCAUGAGUGCCACGGAAAUCCCCAUGCUUCGGCUCGUCGGUCAUGGCGCUGUUCAUGCAAUUGGGCGGGUUAUAUACACCAAGGCCGCCGACGUCGGCGCCGGUCUCGUUGGCAAGGUCGAGCAGGGCAUCCCCGAAGACGACUCAUUGACCGGUACUUUCAACAUUUUCAUGAUGACACUGGUGACCUAG